UAUUUUUUGCUGCAUUGGGUCUUCGUUGCUGCAUGCGGGCUGCUCUUCAUUGCGGUGUGCGGGCUUCUCAUUGCAGUGACUUCUCUUGUUGUGGAGCACGGGCUCUAGGCACCCAGGCUUCAGUAGUGUGGCACGCAGGUUCAAUAGUUGUGGCUCACAGGCUUAGUUACUCUGCAGCAUGUGGGAUCUUCCCGGACCAGGGCUCAAACCCAUGUCCUCUGCAUUGGCAGGCGGGUUCUUAACCUCUGUGCCACCAGGGAAGCCCGAGAUGAUGACUUUUGGUAGUGAAGUUGAGUUGAUGAAAGUUGCCAGGGCACAUCCAAAGGCCAAGUUGGUUUUGCGGAUUGCCACUGAUGAUUCCAAAGCAGUCUGUCGCCUCAGUGUCAAAUUUGAUGCCACACUCAAAACCAGCAGGCUUCUUUUGGAAUGGGCGAAAGAGCUAGAUAUUGAUGUCAUUGGUGUCAGCUUCCACGUGGGAGGUGGUUGUACUGAUCUGGAGAUCUUUGUGAAGGCCAUCUCUGAUGCCCACUGUGUCUUUGACAUGGGAGCUGAGGUUGGUUUCGACAUGUAUCUGCUUGAUAUUGGUGGUGGCUUUCCUGAAUCUGAGGAUGUAAAGCUUAAAUUUGAAGAGAUCACCAGUGUAAUCAACCCAGCGUUGGACAAGUAUUUUCCAUCAGACUCUGGAGUGAGAAUCAUAGCUGAGCCAGGCAAAUACUAUGUUGAAUCAGCUUUCAUGCUAUCAGUUAAUAUCAUUGCCAAAAAACUCGUAUUAAAGGAACAGACAGGCUCUGAUGAUGAAGAUGAGUCAAGUGAACAGACAUUUGUGUAUUAUGUGAAUGAUGGAGUAUAUGGAUUAUUCAACUGCAUCCUCUACGAAAACGCACAUGUGAAGCCUCUUCUGCAGAAGAGACCCAAACCAGAUGAGAAGUAUUAUUCAUCCAGCAUCUCGGGACAGACCUGUGAUGGCCUGGAUUGCCUGGUUGAGCACUGUAACUUGCCCGAGAUGCAUGUGGGCAAUUGGAUGCUCUUUGAGAACAUGGGUGCUUACACUGUCGCUGCUGCUAACACUUUCAGUGGAUUCCAGAGACCGACCAUCUACUAUGUGAUGUCAGGGCCAACAUGGCAUCUGAUGCAGCAAAUCCAGAACCACGAUUUCCCACCCAGCAUAGAGGAGCAAGAUGUUGGCACUGUGCCUGUGUCAUGUGCUUGGGAGAGUGGAAUGAAAUGGCACCCAGCAGCCUGUGCUUCAGCUCCUAUUAAUGUGUAGAUACCAUUCCUGUAGCUGUUAACUGCGAGUUUAGCUUGAUUUAAGGGUUUGGGGGGGACCAUUUAACUUAAUUACUGUGAGUUUUGAGAUGUCUAUAUGAAUAGGGUUGGCACAGAUGCAACAAUGUGGAAGACUAGGCGAUGGGGUCACACUUAUCUGUGUUCCUAUGGAAACUAUUUGAAUAUUUGUUUUAUAUGGAUUUUUAUUCACUUUUCAAACAUGCUACUAAAGCAUGCCCCUCAA